AAUGAGUCAAUAUUUACCAUCAUUGCCACGUUGUCACACUUCAAUUCAACCUCGCAGCGGACUCUGAGCAAACGUAUGCUCUGGAAGUGUGAGAAAGAUAAAAAUUUUAUUACUAUUUUGUCCCUCGCAUGGCGGCUUUGCGGAGACUAGCGAAGACAGUUCCGGCAUGGCGUAUCCCGCUCCCUUCCCGCGUUCCGUCACGUGACUUGCCUCGCCGUCUUCCUCACCGAUCUUUUGAGCGACAAAUUCAUUUCAAUGCUUCGGAAAUUGGAAGGGCAAGAUUAUUUCCCGAAGUUUCAGGACCUCAUUCCAUGUUCCCUGCUAUCUUAGCUAGUUUAUUUGGUGCUGGAGUGACCAAUAUCGCAUAUGCAGACGCUGAGGAGGCAGGUUCUGCUAAACCUCCAUUGCCAUCAGAAUCUUCUCCAUUGCCAUCAGAAUUUUCUUCAAGUUAUGGGGACUUGGAGGAAAUUGCGAAGAAAGAACGACAGCGAAUUGAAGAGUCAAUCAAAAAGAAGGGAGCGCAGUAUAGGUUUUGUCCCAAGUUUACUGUUGCUGUUAAGGGCCAAAAGAUCACCAUUAGGUUCCAAGUACCUCCUGGAUGUGAAGUUCCACAAUUGAUAGCAAACCUUGUCUCAAAUCUUGGACUGAAGGUUGAAGAGCAUGGUGGUGGUUCAGAUAUGUCAUUGCGUGCUUGGGACAGUGCAGUUGCUUGGCAAUUAACACUUAGGCAUCCAGAAAAGCAGAAUAAACGUGGAGGGGAUCAAUCCUAUUCUAGUGAUAUGAAUACACAUGAAGAUGAUCUAUGCAUCCUCAUAUUUCGUUCACUUAUUACCUCAGAUAAAGCAGAAAUUGAGUUCAUAAAAAAAGGGAGCUUGAGUUCUGCAGAGCUUGAUGCUUUUGUGUCUGUUUUGCAAUUAGCUAGUGGAAGGUUGGGCCAAAAUAGAAACUUGGAUAGAAAACCUAGAGAUGGAAUUACACAAGAGACACCUGUAGAAAAUACAAUAUCUGCUCUUCAGGCUAUGGGAGUGAGAAUUUAUGGAAUUGACAAACCCCAGUUGAAUUCCUCAAAUGCUGAGAUAUCAUGGGACUAUAUUGCUGGGUAUGAUCAGCAAAAGAGAGAAAUAGAAGAUACUGUAUUGUUGUCUCUUCAGAGUCCUGAAGUAUUUGAUGAUAUUGCUCGUGGGACUCGGCGCAAAUUUGAGUCAAAUAGACCUCGAGCUGUGCUCUUUGAAGGCCCGCCAGGUACCGGGAAGACAUCUUGUGCUCGUGUUAUUGCAAAUCAAGCGGGUGCUCCAUUGGUGUAUCUGCCACUGGAGGUUAUUAUGUCAAAAUAUUAUGGUGAAAGUGAAAGCUUGUUGGGAAAAGUUUUCACACUUGCCGAAAAGCUGCCAAAUGGUGCUAUUAUUUUUCUGGAUGAGGUUGAUUCCUUAGCUAUUGCUCGUGAUAAAGAAAUGCAUGAAGCUACACGGAGAAUUUUGUCUGUGCUAUUGCGACAGAUUGAUGGAUUUGAACAGGAUAAAAAAGUGAUUGUCAUUGCUGCAACAAAUAGAAAGCAAGACCUUGAUCCUGCUUUAAUGAGUCGAUUUGAUUCAUGCAUUACCUUCGGCCUACCCGAUCAUCAGACUCGUCAGGAAAUAGCAGCUUCGUAUGCAAAGCACUUAUCAAAGUCUGAUUUAAUUGCAUUUGCCACUGUUACAGAAGAAAUGUCUGGAAGGGAUAUAAGGGAUGUGUGUCAACAAGCUGAGCGCUCAUGGGCAUCAAAGAUUAUUCGCGGACAAGUGACCAAGGACGGAGACAAAGAUCAUCUUCCACCUCUGCAAGAAUACAUCGACAGUGCUUUAAAUAGACAGAAGUCUCUACUCAAUACCGCACCCGAAACCCACCAAAAUUCUUACUCUUCCACAAAGAAACAGCCCUUGGAUUUAUGUUGAUAAAUUGAUGCAUCUUCCACCUUCUGCAUUUCAAUUUAAAAAUUUUAGAUUAUACAUAGUAGUAGUACAGAUAGGGUUGGAAUCUUGCAGCCAAAAUUUUUUACUUUAAAUAUUUAGUCUGUUAAUAAUGAAUUUAUAUCAUAUGAAAUUAAUUUAUUUAAUUGAAAUUGAUUUGUUGGGUUCAAAUGCAGAAUGUCUGCGGACGAAAGCCAAGCCUCCAAAAUUGUAACCAGCUGUUGUCAGAUAAGUAUCUAUUAAGAGUAUUAUUAUCCGAUAAACACUUUUGGCUAAUUUUCUCCCAAAAAUCAGCUCAUCACAAUUGGUCUUUGCCUAUCUAACGAUGG